CGCCGCCGCCGCCGCGCUUUGUUCGGUUUUCCGAAUGGGAAUCGAACGCGAGUUCAGCGAGUGUCGCGGCAGUGACGGCAGCGUUGGUGGUGCAGCAGUUGCGGUGCGGUGGUCCACGACACUGUUAUCGACUUUCGCGUGCGUCCCCACCGAUCAAAUCGUCUCGUACACCUUAGUGCCAAGACAACUUUGUUUUCGUCAAGACCGAGAAAGUCGGAGACGUCGGAGUACGAUCAGAACCAUGGAUUUCACAUCUAGCUCCUUAGAAACUAACGGCACGUACUUCGCAUGCGAAUCGAAUCAAGUGCCCGGCCGACGGACUCCUCUGAGCGCUGUGGGGUUGGGAGGAUAUUAUUUCCCUCAACCAUCCUCAGUAGCUUCGGACGAAAACAGCCCAGGGCCGGCUUGUCAACAAUUCAACAAUGGUUCGGAUAACAGAAUACCAAACAAUGGUCAAGGUACCUCUACAAUGUCCAGCACUGGAGGAAAAUCGAAAUCCAAGCAAGGCAAGUCGGUUCGUUUGAACAUCAAUGCGCGGGAAAGGAGAAGGAUGCAUGAUUUGAACGAUGCAUUAGACGAACUUCGAAGCGUCAUUCCAUAUGCUCACUCGCCAUCCGUACGUAAAUUAUCGAAAAUUGCUACACUCCUAUUGGCGAAAAAUUACAUUUUAAUGCAAGCAAACGCUCUAGAAGAAUUAAGAAGACUGAUAACUUACAUACAGGCUCAAGGAACAAUGACCAUGCCACCAGGUUUCGAUCUACAGGCGUCGAUGUAUCCUAUCAAACCUUCACUAGCAUCACCCAAUGCAUCGCCGGAAUCUCCACAGUCUUAAAAUAAUGCCAUACAAUAGAAGUCGCUUUUAUAAUAAUAAUGAAUGUAUAAAAAUAAAUUUAUAAAUAAAAAUGCAGUUCGGAUAUAAUAAUUGUUAUCCACCAAAUUAAAUGAAGUAAAAACGUGGAGGUAUAUACAUCCUCGUAUAUAUAUAAUGUGAUUUCUUUAAAUUAUUAUGUUAUAAAUACCAAUAUAUAUUAUACAUAUAUAAUAUAUAUUUUAUAUAAAUAUUUACAUUUAAUUAUACAUUAAUACAUGUAUUGUCUUAGUUGUUAUGAAUACAAAGUGGUUUUAUAUUUUUAUGCUGUUUAAUGUAGACAGACGUUUGGAAAGCAUAUUUUGUACAUGAAUGCACUUCUUUAUAAUAUAAACUUAUAAUAACUAUAACGAUUUCGUGUUCAAACAUACAAACAUCAAUAUUGGUAGAUAUCUUUUCUAAUGUACAACAGUAUUAUAGAUAAUAUUUUUCAGAUAAUUCAUAUUAACAUUCAUAAUAUUGCUUGCAGUGAUUUUCUAUACAAAGUUUUUGUAAAUAAUGUUUGAAAAUUGCUAUUUGUAUUUUAUUUUAAUUAGUAUUUAAUAUUUUAUAUAAUAAGUUAGCUAUACGUACUGCCACGCAUACGAUAAACUAUUAUUUAGUUUAUAGAUGGUAAUAUAUAGACACGUAGAAUAAUAUGAUAUUAUGGUUUGUCAUUCAAAUAUUUAACUAACUAUAUAUAAAUUAAUUUUAAUGCGAUUUGUAAU